AUGGCGCUGAAGCCUCGGUUGUGGGCAGCUUGUGUGCUGCUUCCGGCACCCAGCGAGCGGCAGGAGAUUCGUUGCGUCGCCUGCAGCAGCAACUGCCGCUUUUUGGCAGUGGCAUGCCGUUCGGGCCAGGUUUACCUCUUCCACUGCGACAAGGGUCAGCUGAAGCCCCUGGCGCUGUCAGUAGGAGGUUGGUUGGGACCAGACGAAGUCCAUGCCUUGGGCUUCUGCAAAGCACCCAGUGGAUUAAAGGCAACAGCUGGAUGUGAGGAUUUGUUGGUGCUACUGGCAAGCCGCCUCAGGCUCCUAGAUGUAAAAGAUGGUCGCUGCAUUGCUACGCUGCCAUCACAGGCAGAGGCUCGUUUGAUGGUGGUCCUCGAGGAUGGACGUCAUGCUGUGUUGGGUGGUGAUCAGCUGUGGUUGAUCGAUUUGUGGCGGUCCAGUCAGCAGCAAUCUCUUGGCGGCCGCUGCGAACGCUUGGCAGCACCUUCAGCGCCUUCAGCACCUUCAGCACCUUCCUCUGGUCAAGGACUACGUUUUGCUACACAAGACCGGGAAUUGAAACUUUGGUUGGGUGAUCGCUUAGCUGGCUCCAAGGGUCCGACGGCUCCUUCGUACACCUACAACUUUUCAUCGCGGGGACCGAUUCAAAGCUCAGCAGUGGCUCUGGCCUUUGAGGAUGACUUAGUGGUGCUUGUCUUGCAAGACCGGCUGCUUUUCUGGACCCUGGGGCAGUCCGUGGAGUUCGGGCCGGUGCAGAUCUCUCGUGCCUACGGUGAACCUUUGGGAAACCUGGCUGGUGGCACCUUGGUGCGUUCGGCUUCGACUACCUCGACGAUGCACAGAGAGUACAGAGAGUCAACCAGAAUGCGCUUGUGUCCAGAGCUGUCAAGCCUUGAAGCUGGAGGUUCAGAGCCUAGACUUCUACUCUGGAGCACCACCGGUCAAGUGCUGCAGUGUCUGGUGCAAACAGAAGAGGUGGUGGUCUUGGGCCACCUUCCCAUGGUGAGUGAGACACUGUGUGCAUGGCGUCUUGACGGAAGAUUCUAUGCCGUUGUAGCGCAGGGUGGAGCAUUGCACCUUUGUCUCGACAGUGAUCUCUGUACCUGGAGAAGGUGCGUAGAGCUGGGGGCAUUGUGGCCUUCUGUUGUCGCAGCUCAACGGGGCUCUCGACUGACUCUUAGCGCUGUGGUCCCAGGAACUAAUGGACCUCUAUGGCUGAUGUCCUUUGCUGGGCCUGAGGUGUUGGCGCUGCCACUCGUGCUGGAUUCUGGCAAGGAGGUCCCUCAGGAGGUUCGACUAGCUCUGCCUGAAGGCUUUGGAACUGCCAGAUGUGCGCUGGGCCUUUCCUCCAUGAUCGCAGUGAGCGGCUCUAGAGGAAUGUUAGCUUGGUGGAGCACUUCUGAUUGGAAGCUGCUUGGAAGUUCCUCACCAGCGCAUGCUGCUGGAGUUCUUCACCUUGCGAGGGUUUGGAUACGGCCCAGCACUGACGAUUCUCUUGUCCCCGAGGCAUCGCUGCUAGCAGCUCUGGAUGAGAUGGGAAAGUGUCGCCUGGUGGAUCUCUCCAAGGGCGAGGCUCUGUGCACGAUUCAAGCGCAGAUGCCGGACUUGUGGAUUGACCAGCCUUUGCGCUUCAUCUAUGAUCCAGUGGGAGGAUGGAUCUCCGCCAUGAAUCCACAGAAGGUUUGGACUUGGGACAUUACCUCAGGAGUUUUCGCGCAUAGCCGCAAGCUUGCAGGUACCGAGGACAGGAAGUCGAGCAGCCUUGACAGCGUCUGCUGGCAGGUGAGGCGUAGUUCUCCGUUGAAGUUGAGAGGCGGGAAGCGGCUCCUUGUCGAGAAGGAGCGCUUGCAGGACCUGAUGUGCCAUAUCGCGAAGGCACGGGCUUCGCGGGCUUCGUUAUGGCUCAGUCAUCAACGAUUUGAGAAGGAGCAGUUCGUCAGUUCUCACCUGCGUUCGUUUGUGAUGUCAGGAGCGGCCGCCCAUCGACUUCGUCCCUGGUUCGCACAUGUCUCCGAGCGCAUUGAUGGGGAGAAACUGGUGGAGAAGUCGCUCUUCAAGCUACGAUAUGCAUCUGAACCAAUGAUCAAGUCUUUGAAGCUGGAAGAUCCUGAGCCGAAUGCCAAAGUUUGGGACUCCGCGAAGCUGAUGUCUUCCGUUGUAGCGAAGAGUGGUUGGGCCAGCUUCAAAUUGUCAGAGGGGACGCUGCCGUCCAUCAAGGACAAAAUGGCCCGUCGGGCGAGCCAAAGUACAACAUCGCUCCCAUCGCUGGCAUCGCCGAGCCAAUCACCCACCAGCCUUGGAGAAUCUAUGUCCGUGGCAUCCAUGACUGGGACGGGUGGACGCUUUCGGAACUUCAAAGGAUUGGCAAAGGGCUUGGACGAAGAUGGCAAGAGGAUGAAACGAUCUGAGCAGUACUUCCAGCUAUUGAUGAGGGCAAAGUACAAAAAGGACGAAGCGGACCGUAAGGCAGCUGAGGGUGAAGAGAUGGAGCGCGCUGAAGGUGCUGCACGCCAAGCCUUCCGCAAACUGAUGGGUCUCUGGGAGGCAGAGAAGCGCUCAGAAGGAACUACCGAUUCAGAGGGAGAUGACUCUGAGGGUGAGGAAGACUACGGGCCCUUGACUGCCUAUGAUGGACAGAUGAAGAUUGACGUUGAUUUCGUGGUGGUUGUUCCGCAUCGCGACGAAGAGAAGGAGGAUGUCUUCAUCUAUCCUACUGUUCCGGAGGUUCUACAAGAUGAUGAGCCAAUCCUCCCUGUCCAUGAUGACACCCCCAGAGACGAGGGUUCGUCAGGUACGACUACACCGUUGGACUUUUCAGAUGAAAUGGAGACGUUGAAGGUCGAGCUGAAAAAAGCUGGCAAGUUGGACGACGCCCCGAAGGGGAUCGCUCAGAAGGAUCCAGCCGGGACAUUGGAUGCACGUCAAGGCAUCCAGUCUGAGAAGAAGAUGCCCAAUCUUUGGGACAAUCCUUAUCCAGAGUGGAGCCUGGAGACUGGUGGAAGCAUGUACUUCAUCCCCGAUGCAGAGCGGUACGCGUGGUGUCCGUCGUUGCCACCGCCGCCUCCUCCAUCCAUGCUGGGCCGACGGCGUCUGCGUCUGAAGCCACGGUUGCCGCUGACCCUCUCCAACCAUCGAUACAAAGACGAGCACCCGAACAUCUUCCCUCCAGAGCCCUUCAGCCCAAGCCAGGAUCAUUAUGCAUCCUGGGAGAAGAGGAUUCUCACUUAUGAUCUCUACAGCAGCUGCGUAGAGGCACUGGCGCGGUUGCCUCCACAGGAAUUUGCAAAAGAUGAAUACAAACACAAGCUGAAAUUUGGAAGCUACAUGGAGAAGGCGCUGCGACGAAGCAGAGCUUGGAAAAACUGGCGAGGUCGUGAGAAGAAACGUGUCAAGGACGAGGAAAGCAGGAUUCAAAGAGAACGUGAAAACGAAGAGCGGCGGCGGAUUGAGAAGGAGAAGAAGCAAAAAGCCGCGGAGGAAGCACUGCGACUCCAAGAAGAGGAAGAAUGCGUUGCUCCGGACAAAAAGUGGCCAGUCAAGUGGCCUAGUGAGCCUCCAAGGAGAUGCAAGGAGUCUGAGUCCUCUGGUUUGUCUGCAUGUGAUUUGGAGGCGCCUCAUUCCGUCCCAGCUCCGAAGACUUGGCGUGCGCCCAGUUCCUCCGAGUUCCUCCCAGUUUUCCUGGCGUUACUGGCGCGGGCACUUCUCAGCCCCGAGCUCACACGCCAGGUGCUUCAGCGCUGGUGGCUUCCGAACCUGUCUCGCCUGUUGUCAGAGGGUCCCUUCUUGAUUGUGACAGCGGCAGUGAAAGCUUUUACACAGCUCUUGCAGGGUGAGGAAGUCCUCAAUGGCUUCGCGUCACCCCAGGCUGGCGCAGAUGCAGCAACAUUGCUCCUGUCAUUGGUAGCCGCUCAACAAAGCAGGCUGCAAUCGAGAUACUCGUUAGAAGCCUAUGAGCAGAGCCUGGCUGAGGGCUUGUUAGCACGUAUGAUGGGGAAGACGGGAAGUGGGCAACAAGUGCAGGUGAUGUCCUGUGAGGUGCUCGCUCUGACCUUUCCCGUAUGGCAGAAGCAUCUCCAGACUGCAUUGCCCAAGCGAGGUGCCUCUGGACCUGGCAAGCAGGACGGUGAUGAGGUCCUUGAGAGACUGGCGCUGCAAACCCUGGCGCUCUACCAGGAGCCCCACAUGGCUGGUGCGGCUUCAGCCCUGCUACUCCAGGUUGGAAAUGCUGAUGCUACCGCUUUGCUGCACGUCAUGAGCAAGGCUGCUGUGCGUGUUGACAUCAGCCCUGCUUAUGCGUCCUCAGCUUUGUUGAUGCUGCAACUCUUUGUGCAACGAGCUCCAGAGAAGGUUUGUCCACUUCUGCCUCGUUUCGCAGAGGCAUUGUUGCGCUGCUUGGAGCCUUCAGACCCAACCUUGCGACGGCACAGUCUUCUUGCGGUAACAAGUGCCUUGCACGAAAUGGUGCAGACCUUUCCGAUGGUAGACUUCCAUCAAGACAGCCAAAAGUUCGCAGUAGGGACUGGCGAUGGAGUUAUCCUGGUUUAUGACCUUCGAACUGCAACGAAGUGGCGCGUCUUCGAGGGUCACAACGGUAUGGUGGCUGGGUUGGCGUUCACGCAAGAUGCUGCCCGCUUAGCAUCGUACAGUAGCUUGGACUCCACGGUGCGUUUGUGGCAAACAGGAACUGGAGGCAAAGUGCUCAUGAUGAUGUGCGUUUUUUUGGGCUCGGCCAAAGCAGUCGGUGCAUCCGCCAGCAGAUGUGUUUUCUUGUUGGAAGCGCCCUUGCAAUCGCUUGCGCCGAUCCAGGGCUGUCUCUCUCCGCGACAUGCUGCAUCUUGGCAUGAGCUGAAAGAUCUUGACUCUAUCAGCAAUGUGGACGACGCCAACGAUGCCUGUUCUGUGACUGCUGCCAGCAACAUUGGAAGUGUGUCGCAGCUGAGCGAUACUAAAGCGAGUUUGCUUUCUCACCAGUCCAAGCCCUUUUCCGCUUUCUCCGCGCCGCCACGCUAUCGGAACAGUGGCGCAUUUGUCCAUGGCACAAAGUUCAGAAACUUUGGUCCAAUAAUGGAACAAGGACUGAAAGCUGCAAAGAGUGAGAUCUACAUGGUUGACGAUGUGCGGCCAGAUGGUCGUGUCCCUGGGCUAAAGCAAGCACCAGAGAUCCUAAUUUUCAUCGAUGAGGACAAGGCACGACGAGAGCAUAUGCAUUUCGAAUAUGAUGCCAGAGAAGGCACUUGGAAGACACGAGGAAUUGACGGAGUGAUCCGACCAUGGUUCUUCCAGAAAGUCAUCGAUCAGCGCCGAGGACGAGGAAAAGGAAACAUUCUCUUCCAAUCAAAAGAGGAUCCGCUGAUGCAGGCGGGCAAGCUGCAAGGGCCAGUAAGGCCGAGGUACCUGUUGCAUGCCACCUACUGGGAAAACGUCGCAGGCAUUCUCGCUGAAGGCAUUGUGCCAGCAAAAAAUCCUCUUUCCGAUAUUAGAAAGCCUUUCAAAGAUCUCUUGCAGGGCGCAGAGUCCCAUGUAUACACCAUGCGCAGCACAGAUCUUGGGUGCCCCGAGAUGAAGGCUGCGAAUUUUCUCGUCGACAAGGAGCAGGUUGGACUCGAUCGGCAACCAGAUGCAAUCUUUGUUAUUGACACCAGCAAAGCUGAGAAGAUGGGGAUUGAUCUGGAACUAGUCCAGUCUGGCGACGACCGUGAGGACAACAUCUAUGUUCGAGGUAGAGUUCCUGCAGAAAUCCUUACAGCGCAGCCGAACAUACCUCGGAAUCUUCCAGAGGCAUUGAAGGCGAAGAUUGUGGAUCCAAAGUCAUUCGAAGAAGUUCCCAUCAUCGACUUGUCUUUGGACGAGGAAGAAAUCGUGAAAAAGCUGAAGUUCGCCUGCGAGGUUGUGGGCUUCAUGCAGGUCACGGGGCAUGGCAUAUCAGUUGAACUGCAGGAACGCGCCAUGGAGCUGCAAAAGCGCUUCUUCGCGCUUCAGACGGAGAAGAAGGAAAAAUUGAGGCUGGGCCAAGAGAGUCCCGUGCGGGGCUAUUUCGGUCGAGGCGGUGAGGACUUGGAUCAGGUUUUGGAGAAGCAGGUUGAUGAAGCCAACGGCAAGGAUUCCAUUCAAAAGUCUCGGAAGGACUGCAAGGAGGCCCUGGAUAUGAAUGGUGUACCUUGGGCCAAGCCCAAGGGAGGCUACAUUGGAGAAAUUUUCGGCCAGCCCUCGCAGAUGCCUUUUGAGGAGGAUGUGCCUGGCUUCAAAGAGGUGAUGGAGAGAUAUGCCAUGGAAAUGUUCAAGCUAUCGAAGAGGCUGCUGCAGUUCAUGGCCCUCAUCCUGGGAAAACCCAAACAUUUCUUCGACCAGUUCCUUGAUCAGCCUGUUGCUACCCACCGCUUACUUCAUUACUGGCCAAUCAAGGAUUUCCAGAAGGAGAUUGGUGUCGGAGAGCACACGGACUAUGGUUUGCUGACCAUUUUGAAGCAGGACAUGGUGGGUGGACUCCAGGUCCUGAAUGCCAAAGAUGGCGUUUGGAUCCACUGCUGCCCAGUUGAGAAUGCCUAUGUCAUCAAUCUUGGGGACAUGCUUGGCAGAUGGACUGCGCAUCGAUUUAAGUCUCAUGUUUCUCGACAUGCUGAAUCCAUUGGUGUGACGCUCAUGGAUGAACCUCCGCCACCCCCAGCUGCGGUGGGUGCUGAAGCAACCUAUGAGCGGCUUGCUACUCUGGCCCCUGUCUGUGGUUCGUGCCUGGAGCCGUUGGUCAGUGGAUUCUUACAGGAUCCAGCCUUUCGGCAGGAGCUCCAGGACUUCAUCGUUGCGCGAGCGCCAGCCUUCCUCGAACUUUGUGAAGAUGGGAGCUAUCCUAUGGCUUGGACAUCAUACCACAAUGAGUACCGAUCCAUUUUUGAGCGCCAGAUGCAGAAAAUCCUGCAGUCUCUGGACAUGACUGAGUCAGAGUUGAGUGAACUUUGCCUUUGGCUUCGAAAUGAAUUUGGACAUGGUUUUCAGGAGGAUGAUGGUUUGAACGCUUUCUUGCAAGCUGUGACCGCGAGUGAAGUCUACGAAAACUUCCUGUCGGUGAUGUUUUCAGAGGUGUCGCGUCAAGCUGGUGAGACCGUAGAGGUUGUGGUACCGCCGGAUUUGAGCCCUGGCGACCCCUUUCAGGUGAACUACCUGGGAGUGCGCUACGACCUACAUGUACCGGAGAACCUUCAAGCUGGUGACACCUUUCAUGUGUCCGUAUCUCUCCCUCCUAAACUAGACCUGGUGUCGCUGUUUGCUGUGCCUGACUCCUUCUAUGGCCUCGACUGAGGCUGACGCAGAUGCAUCCGGAAUGCGCACGGGGAGAGUUUUGGGCAAGGUCGUAACAAAGC